GAUUUGACCAUGGCAGUGCAGUUCCUGCGGAAGGCAUCUGUGUGGUUAAAGAAGCACAAGAUCACUUUGUUGGCCGUUUCUUGCGUGGGACUGUUUGGCACUAACGUUUCCUAUCAUGUGUUUCCUGAGCAGACAUUCAAACUGUUGCACGAGUGCUGGUCAGAGGGGCAGCCAGCUGAGCUUUCACAGAGGCUCUGUGGUGUGUUUCAGGAUGUCCUUCAAGAUACUAAUGUGAAGUCCACUGACUCCUACAGAGCCUUUGCAGCUUCUGGCUUCCAUCCUGUGAGUGCUGGAAUUCCCUGGCUGCCUGCAGGCUCUUUGGUGGGCAUCCCACCUAACUUUGAUGGCACAGCUGAGGAUAAAACAGGAAUAGUCAAGCACGUUAUUGUGAUUGAUGGCAAGGAAGUAGACUGGGAGAGCAAUGAAGGUGUUGCAUUGAAGGAAGCGCUCACAUUUUCACUUGAAGCUCAGAAGUUUGUCCUUGCCAGAGAAGUUGUGUAUUUGCAGAACGGCAGCCCUUUAGCAAGUGCAGUUGUGGCUCCAACUUGCUUAGCUGGUACAUUUUUCAGUGGGAGAGCUGUGAAGCUACUUCUGGGUUUAUCUGCUGGCCCCGUGGUACUUCGCAGCGUUUGUAACAUCGUAACUGCUGCGGGUGGGCUGCUGUUCUAUUACGUGUCCUACGAUGCUAUGACCCAUCACCUGGACUGCAAGGCUGACAGAAAGGCUGCAAUGCUUUCCAAAGACUAUGCCAGAGGUGGGAUUGAAUUUUAUGAUAAAAUCUUGGCCCGCAACAGGAUUUUCCGUGGUUUGAUGGGCAAAAAAGGGGCAAAAAUGUAUGCCCCGAGUGGUAACCUUUUCCCAAGGUACUGGUUCAGAGUAAAGUAUACCCCAUACACUUACCGGAGAGACUUGAUUGUUAAUAUUUUAAGAAAGCUCCAGGCAUAGGACAAGAGUGCUUGAAUUUUAAACUUGUGAAUUAUGCAUUUUGGAACACUGCUGGGUUUUUUUAAUUUUAUUUUUUUUUAAACUUCUGUAUCGUCAUUAGAAUUUCGGGGUUUAUUUUUGCAUAUAGUUUGGAAGGAGUUAUUGCACAUUCCCUGAAUAAAGAAUUCUCUUAAAAUAUUAAA